GUUAGUACUAAGAAGACCAGUCCACCACCAAGAAUCGCGUACACACACAAGAAAGCGCGUUUUACAGACAUUAUUACAGUCAAAAGCCAGCCUUAGAAGAACAACCAACAAAGUCCAAAGUCUAACCUCUACCCCACCACACCACAACCAACACCAACACCCCCUCAAAAUCAAACAAAACUAGAGACACCCACCUUGUUUUACCAUCAGAAUGAAGCUCACAACCCACCAAAUCCUUCCUCCUUCUCUCUAUCCCCAAUGAAGGAUCGAUUCAUCUAUGGAAGACCCAACAACAACAACAACAACAACAACAACAACAAAGAAUCCGAUUUCAGAUGCUUUGACCACCACUCUCUGCAACUCAAUCCAAGCACUGGGUCGAGGUUUUGAUGUCACCUCUGAUAUCAGACUUCUCUACUGCAAAGGGGCUCCUGGGUCUCGCUUAGUUCACCUUGAGGAGGAAACAACCAGGGAUCUUGUGGUGUCUGAUGCCCUUGUUGUUCCAAAUGUCUCUGUUGAUAUUGACUGCUCUAGUGGGCAGAGUUCCUCUGAGAUCAUCCCUGUCUGUACCUUUCAUGAGAUGUCAAAAUACUUCAAUACGAAGUCGAAUAUAUCAGGACAUAUUCCACUCGGUAGCUUUAAUGCCAUGUUCAAUUUCACUGGCUCCUGGCAACUUGAUGCAGCAGCUACAAAAACGCUUGCGAUGAUUGGACAUGUCAUCCCCUUAUUUACUGUUGAAUUAGCAAAACUAGAUUUAGUCUUGCAAGAAGAAAUCAAGCAUGCUAUUCCAUACUCUUGGGAUCCUGCAUCCUUAGCAAGCUUUAUUGAAAAUUAUGGCACCCAUAUUGUUACCUCCGCAACAAUUGGUGGAAGAGAUGUAAUUUAUAUCAGGCAGCAUCAGUCAUCUCCUUUGUCAGCGUCAGACAUUGAGAACUAUGCCAAAGACAUAGGAGAUCAAAGAUUCUCAGACUUGAAAAGCCAGACGAGUGCUGGCCUCUUCAAAUACAAGGAUAAGGAUGUUACAGUUAUUUUCAGAAGAAGAGGGGGUGAUGAUCUUGAGCAAAGUCAUGCCAGGUGGGCAGAGACUGUACAAACGGCGCCAGAUGUGAUAAAUAUGACAUUUACUCCUAUUGUUUCUUUGCUUCAAGGGGUUCCUGGAAUAAAGCAUUUGGCUCGUGCUAUUGACUUAUACUUGGAAUACAAGCCACCUAUUGAGGAUUUACAAUAUUUCUUAGAGUUUCAAAUUGCUCGAGUUUGGGCUCCAGAACAGAAUAACCUUCAAAGAAAGGAGCCCGUAUGUCCAUCCCUCCAGUUCAGUUUGAUGGGUCCUAAGCUUUAUAUAAGUCCAGACCAGGUAAUUGUUGGUCGUAAGCCAGUCACUGGACUUAGACUCGGCCUUGAAGGAAGCAAGCACAACCGACUUGCUAUCCAUUUGCAGCACCUGGCGUCUCUUCCAAAAAUCCUUCAGCCCCACUGGGACUCGCACAUGGCCAUAGGUGCACCCAAGUGGCAAGGUCCUGAGGAGCAGGACAGCCGAUGGUUUGAACCCAUCAAGUGGAAGAACUUCUCCCACGUGAGCACUGCACCGAUAGAGCACACUGAGACAUGCAUUGGAGAUCUCUCUGGAGUUCACAUUGUCACGGGGGCUCAGCUUGGUGUUUGGGACUUCGGUGCUAAAAGUGUGUUGCAUCUCAAGCUUCUCUUCUCCAAAGUACCCGGAUGCACAAUAAGGCGCUCUGUAUGGGACCACAGCCCGUCCAACAUGUCUGCACAAAGGCAUGAUGGUGCUUCUGCAUCGCUUUUAAACGACAGAACCGAGGACAAAAAGGGGGAUGGUUCAGGCCAUACCGGGAAACUGGCGAAAAUCGUGGACAAGACCGAAAUGUCGAAGGGGCCUCAAGAUAUUCCGGGCCACUGGUUGGUUACGGGGGCUAAGCUUGGGGUAGACAAGGGAAAGAUUAUGCUACGCAUAAAAUACUCCUUAUUGAACUAUUGAUAGAUCAACUCUGUUGUUGUUGUUUUACCCCUCUACUAGAAAGCAUAGUUAAGCAUUCUUUGCACAGGCCACAUUUUCUUUGUUGUUGUGUCUCUUCUGUACAUUGUGUUCAUUAUUUUCUCUAUUGUUUUUUGUUUCUUUAUAUAUUUUUUUUGUUCUAUUUAGUUGAUAACAGAUUAUAGUUCAUUGCAGCUCUUCUCUUCUGGAUUUUGAUUAAAAUUUUGUUUUUGAAGGACAAGCAUCUGUUAAAUAAUGAAGUAUUUGACUUGUUCAAAUUUAAAUGUAGUGAUUUUUUGAUA